AUGGCUAAAGACGUUUUUGCCGUCCCAAUCUUCUUCAUCUGUUUUCGAGAAUGUAUAGAGACCAGCAUUGUUGUCUCAGUCUUGCUUUCAUUUCUCAAGCAAACCCUUGGAGGAGAGCAUGAUGCGCCGACCAGGAAGAGAUUGAUCAGACAGGUGUGGUGGGGAGUUGGCGUUGGGCUUUUCAUCAGUAUCUGUAUCGGAGCUGGCAUGAUCGGUGCUUUCUACGGAUACGGCAAGGACCAUUUCGCCGGGGCAGAAGAUCUGUGGGAGGGCAUUUUCUCAUUGAUCGCCAGUAUCAUCAUCGCCGUCAUGGGUGCCGCCUUGCUGCGCGUGACCAAGCUGCAAGAAAAAUGGCGUGUCAAGCUGGCUCAGGCGCUGGAAACCAAGCCUCUGGCGCAUGGUACCUUCAAGAACAAGCUCAAAUUAUGGGCGGAGAAAUACGCUAUGUUCCUUCUUCCCUUUAUCACUGUGCUUCGCGAAGGUCUCGAGGCAGUAGUGUUUAUCGGAGGUGUCAGUCUGAGUUUCCCCGCGACUGCUUUCCCUCUCCCUGUGUUCACGGGUGUUCUUGCAGGUGUGGCUGUCGGGUAUCUGAUCUAUCGAGGUGGUAAUCAAGCCUCUCUCCAAAUCUUCCUGAUCAUCUCCACUUGCUUCCUCUACCUCGUGGCAGCUGGUCUGUUCUCCCGCGGCGUCUGGUACUUGGAGAACAAUGCCUGGAACCACGUCUCCGGCGGUGAUGCCGCUGAGACAGGCGCCGGGCCUGGGUCGUACGAUAUCCGGCAAAGCGUAUGGCAUGUGAACUGCUGCAGCCCUCUGAUCAACGGCGGCGGCGGCUGGGGUAUUUUCAAUGCUAUUCUCGGCUGGACCAACUCGGCAACGUAUGGCUCGGUCAUCUCCUACAAUCUCUAUUGGCUUGCCGUCAUCAUCUGCUUCAUUGCGAUGCGCCACAAGGAGCGCCACGGCUCAUUACCACUGCUUGAUCCUCUGAUGAAUAAACUGAAAGGCCGGAAAUCGUCUCAGCCCCAAACCGAUCUUCAGGACAUUGAAUUCAGUGCGGUAUCAGGCGGUCGUGAAAAUGCAUCGAAGGUCCCAAGGAACGAGGCGACGCUUAUAUGA